UCAUUCUAAAAACUAAAAAGUCGACACGAAAACAAUUUCUUUCAUUCAUCCGGUCAACCAUCGGGAUAUUUGCGAUGCAACACAUUUACCUAAAUUGCAAAGGGGCUGCAAACAGCUGUUAUCCUGAAACACCUUAAUCGUGCGUCGAAUGCAAAUUUGUUGGUCGUUGAAUAGAGAGCACACCAAACACGCAAGAUAUACGGUUACUACUGCAUCGAAUCGUUUGGGUGCUAGAUCGAAACUGCUGAGUGGUGGUGGUGGUGAAACAGACCUCGUAAAGCGUACGUAGCCAAAAAGCUCUGUGAGACUCACGAUGGGGCAGUCACUGUCGGAACCGGAGACGUCGAAAGAAUCGGCGUUCUGUCAGAAUGACUAUUAUAAGGUUGGAUCAAGCUGCAUGCAGGGCUGGCGCAUGCACAUGGAAGAUUCGCAUACGCACAUAUUGUCGCUUCCGGACGAUCCGGGCACGGCCUUCUUCGCUGUGUACGACGGACAUGGAGGUGCGAAGGUAGCCGAAUAUGCCGGAAUGCACCUCCACAAGUACGUUACACGACGACCCGAGUACGGCACCGAUCUGAAGCGAGCCCUUCAGCGUGCGUUUCUCGACUUGGACGAAGCGAUGCUGAACAACGAGGCACUGCGCGAGCAGCUGUCGGGCUCGACGGCCGUCGCGGUGUUGAUUAAGGAAAAUCAGCUGUACUGUGCCAACGCGGGUGAUUCGCGAGCCAUCGCAUGCGUUGCGGGCCGGUUGGACGUACUUUCGUUCGACCACAAGCCGAUGAACACGACGGAAAUGGAUCGAAUUUGUAAAGCCGGCGGGUAUGUCGAGUACAACCGCGUUAAUGGCUACCUGGCACUCUCUCGGGCACUGGGCGACUUCACGCUCAAGCGCAACCAGGAAAAGCUGCCCGAGGAGCAAAUGGUGACAGCGUUCCCGGACGUGGAGGAGCGUGAGGUGAGCGAGGACUGGGAUUUUCUGGUGAUCGCGUGUGACGGAAUAUGGGAUGUGCUGUCCAGCCAGUCGGUGCUCGAAUUUGUGCAGGAGGAGAUCGCUCAGGGCAUCUAUCCACAGAAGAUUUGCGAGAAUCUGAUGGUUCGCUGUCUGGCACCGGACUGUCAGAUGGGUGGAAUCGGCGGUGACAACAUGACGGUGAUUAUCGUGUGCUUUCUUCACGGUCAACCAUACGAACAGCUGAUUGAUCGGUGCAAGGAUGCAGUUGCGAAGCGUGAAGCCAAGCUAAAGAAGCGCUACCGGAAGCCAUCGCACGGCGACACGGUACCGGGGACAAGUUCCGACCCAACCGAGACAGUCGGCGAGCGACAGUUUGGUAACGGGCGAGUACUGGAGGAUGAUUCCGGGUCUGGCAGUGAUAGCGAACGAUCGGAUGAAGGAAGAAUUCACCCGCCACCUACAUCCCCUCCUUCAGCAUUCGGUCCAUCGAGCGUGGCCGAGCACAGCACACCGUCAACUGAUUCCAAAAACGGAGAAGCGGUACUGGAGGAAAACAAACCUUCCACGGAAGCGAAAUCCACGCCAACAGGCGAAGACGAUAUGGGGAAAUCUGAGCCAGAUCCGAAGCUGAAUAGCACGAACAAUACUGGAUUGAAGGAUAUUGGCACCCCUACCGGUGCGAAAUCAUCGCCGAAACUCGAUGAUCGCAGCGCAAAUUCCGAACCACUGCCGGAGCUUAACAACGAUAGUACCGAUGAUACCAGCGAGGAGUUAGAUCUCAAGUAAAUGGAGGUGUCGGACUUGAUUCUUGUUUAGUGAACCUUUUGUUUUUGGCAUGACGGCAGUUAUCAAGCGGCGGUAGCACUGCUACUACUUCUGAUAUCCUGGAAAAUUUCUUUAUGAUUCCGGACUCUCUCGCAAAAACGCGAUCACGCUGCCAAAUUGACGGGAACCAUACUCCUGUAGCGGCUUUUUAUUUUUGAAUUUGGAUACUUUAUGCGUUAUUAUUCUCUUUUCUUGCGUAGAUAGAAUAUUGGUGACCGUAUUUCUAGAUAAAACCCCUUUCUACACAAAAAGUCGUGCUUCUUCUUUGAUAAAAACACCUUUUCUAAAGCGCUAGCAAUACCAAAUACUGUACAGCAACACUCUCCUCGAACGUCGAAUGUUGAUCGUAAGAGGUACAAUCAAAUCGAACUCGGUGUGGACCCGUUAGUGAAUCGUAGAGCGGGUUGAAAGGGCCACAGCACUUAUCGGGUUGCAGAGAAACGGUUGGAAUAAAAGAAAACGAAAUGGCGGACGUGCUAAAAUUGGAGAACGGAAAUGAAAAAAUCGUGCCGUUCGCAUGACUUUGAUACGCUUCUUAGUGGAACUCUUUCCAGUGUUUCCUCACUUUCACCGGGGGAAAGGACAUUUGUGGCGGAGACAAAUUUUAGAGUAACAAUGGAGCAGUUGAAUGAUGAAUAAAAGUAAACGCUAUCAGCUGGAUCAUGCUCAUCGCCCUACUCACCGGUCGCGUCUUGUUCCUGUAAAUAGGCUAACCUUUUUAUAAAACGAAUCUGUGAAGCAUCACUAAGCAGAGGAAUAAAUAUACUAAAAAACAAGAAACAAUACCCAUUAAAAUAGAAAAACGAAACCUGCAGCAAAACCAAACACGAUCGGAGGAGAUGAAAAUGUGCUACACGAACAUACUACUAACCUGGCGACUGUUGGCGGCAAGUUUGCGCCACUCGGCAGGGGAUCUAGUGAAAUCUACCGGGGACGACUGAUGCUGAAUAGAACAAAAAGUGAACUAAAAACCUACGCUGUAAACUAUCCGAUCUAUAUGCAGAAAAAUUAUACAUUAAUAUAUGAAUAUAUAUUUUCUAUUUCGAAUUAAAUAUUGGUAGAGAAAC